AUGGCAACUAUUCCUCAUAUAAGCAAAGCUGCAAGCUUGCACGAGAAGCAGAUUAGGUCCAAGUCCGAUUUCGAAGAACCAUCGGUCCUACAUCUCGACAGACGCGCCUACCUGGUUGGCAAUCCCAUUGCACAUUCUCAAUCGCCAACUCUGCACCAUGCCAUAUAUUCAUCGAUGGGCAAGAGGUGGGGUCAAGUGCUCGCCGAAACCGACGACCUCGCGGCAUUCAUGCGAUAUCUAAAGUCAGACACAAGGUCCAUGGGAUCUGGCGUGACAAUGCCUUUCAAGGUUGCAGUAAUCCCAUAUCUUGACGAGCUUGAGGCAGCUGGGCAAGCUGUUGGAGCCAUCAAUACUAUCUUCUAUCGAAACGGUCCAGAUGGCAGACGACGAUAUAUUGGGACCAACACUGAUGUCAUUGGUAUACGAGAUGCUUUUCUAAACAAUGUGACUGGUGAAUCAUGGCGUGGCAGGCCAGGUCUUGUUGUCGGCGGUGGUGGUACAUGCCGAGCCGCUGUUUAUGCACUACGAGAUCUGCUGGGCUGUUCCACAGUAUAUAUUGUCAACAGAGACAAAGCCGAGGUGGACUCGGUCAUCAUGGAGUAUGCUUCAAAAGGAUCAGCACAAGGGCUCAUACACGUCGCCACAGUACAAGAGGCUCGGUCUCUGCCACCGCCAAGCAUUGCAGUCAGUGCUGUGCCAGAUUUUGCUCCGACAACAACAAGCGAGUUGACUGCCAGACAAAUAUUGCAGAUAUUUCUGCAAAGAGGAGCUGCCGGUAGUCCAUUGCUAGAAAUGUGCUACCACCCAAGUCCAGACACUGCCAUCUCGACGCUUGCGAACAAUGCCGGUUGGCAGGUAGUUGGUGGCAUCGAGGCUAUGAUUGGCCAGGGAUUGGCUCAAGCACGUCUCUGGACUGGCGUUGAGAUUGAUGAUCACUUAAGGCAAAGCAUUAGCCAAAAGGUGAAGGAUGUGCAAGCACAACGGCACAAACUGUGA